AAGAGCUCCAACUGUCACAGUCAGGUGCACAAAGUGACUCGUGAUCGACGUUUUUGUUCCCGUUCGCCAAAAAUUUUUGUUGACUCUUUUCUCCUCUGAGUGUUCCUGUCCCCAAUUUUUUUUGGCUUAGUUGGGAAACUGUGGAAAAAACGCGAGUGAUCUACCAAGUGUUUGAGCGUCUUUGGUGUUUUUCCAAGUGACCAUUACAGCUAGAAAAUCCAGUUUAUUGCUGUGGAGUGAGAGAGAUCUUCCAGAGCCACCUCCCAUUGUUCAAGUGGCCAGUGGAAAAUCUCCGUGCAGUGGACGCAUUUGAUGGCCAGCAAUGUCAUCUCUCAGCACUUUCAACUACCAACCGCAGGUGCCAGCCCGUCCAAGACGGAGGGCACAGUCAGUGGUUACCCAACAGGGACCAACAGUAACCUCUUCUCCUCGGAGAUCCCUCUUCGAGCUGACCUCUAGUGAAGAAGGAACUAGUCAGAUUAGGAUCAAAGUGAUAGCUGGACAUACUUUGGCCAAAAAGGAUAUUUUCGGUGCUAGUGAUCCGUAUGUGAGAAUUGAUUUAAACACGAUAAAUGGCAACGUUAACAUCGAUUCAGUACUUACAAAGACCAAAAAGAAAACCUUGAACCCUAAAUGGAAUGAAGAAUUUGUCUUUCGGGUGAAACCUGGAGAGCACAAAUUGGUGUUCCAAGUGUUCGAUGAGAAUCGUCUGACAAGGGACGAUUUUCUGGGGAUGGUUGAAUUGACGCUGGUGAAUUUGCCCAAGGAACAGGAAGGUCGAACAAUUCCACCAAAAAGUUACCCCCUUCGACCACGCAGGUCAGUUGGUGCCCGAUCGCGAGUUCGUGGCACUUUAGAUAUCUAUCACGCUUUCAUACGGGAUCUGGAUUCGACCAGUGAGACGUCCGAUUGGGAGAUUGUGGAUGACGGAGCCAGCAAUAGUGAUGGGUCGGCGACUCCGUUAAAUGCAUCGAGUUUGUUUGGGUCGUCGGGCGUUGAGGCUCUGCCCCAGGGCUGGGAGGAGCGUCAGGACGCCAACGGUAGGACGUACUACGUUAAUCAUAUUGCACGCACGACCCAGUGGGAGAGGCCCACGGCACUCACUAGCAACAGUGUCUCCGAGGAGGAGAUGAAUAACGCUGCAGCUGAAUUCCAUCGACGCUUCCAUAUCAGUGUAGAUGAAUCGGAUUCUAGGAGUAAUCAGGGAGAUAAUAUGAGUUUGAGCUCAGAGAUGGGAUUUAUGGGUUCGGUGACUUCACUCAAUGAUCUCAAUCGAUCGGGUUCCAUAAGUUCCAAUCACAGCACCACCGGACGUCCAACAAGACCAGCUCCUGGCGUUCCUCGCAAUCAUCAACUUCACAGGAGAGGAGCAACCAGGAGGCAUGCUCCAACUCCACCUUCCAGAUUAGCCACUGUCCCUGUGGCCAACGAGGGGGAAAGCAGUGGGCCAAGUGACAGGGUAUUGGCCAGGAAUAGAAACUCAAUGGAGAACAAUGAGGAGCACAGUAACAGUGAGAAUGAAGAUCUUGACACAUCGGACAGCGGAGCUGGAACUAAUAAUCAGGCACGUUCUUCGUCAACGCCUCAGUCGAGACAGAGUUCGACGGAGGACAACUCAGCCACAUCUUCACCUGACACCACAGCAUCGUCCAAUCCGGACACCACGGGCCUUCCGCCUGGUUGGUCGAUGCAAGUGGCGCCCAACGGAAGGAUAUUCUUCAUCGAUCACAACGAGAGGAAGACGUCGUGGGUGGAUCCGCGCACUGGAAGGGCCAGUCCGAUGCCCAAUGCAGCUGGAAGGUCUCCGGCUAGUCGGAAACCGGAAGAUGAUCUGGGACCACUGCCGGAAGGAUGGGAGGAGAGGGUUCACUCCGACGGAAGGAUCUUCUACAUUGAUCACAACACAAGAAUAACUCAGUGGGAAGAUCCACGAUUGUCCAAUCCAAAUAUUGCCGGACAGGCUGUUCCCUAUUCGAGGGACUAUAAACAAAAGUAUGAAUACUUCAAGAGUCAGCUGAGAAAGCCAACAAGUGUUCCCAACAAAUUUGAGAUUAAAGUCCGACGAGGGUCUAUCUUUGAGGAUUCGUAUCGCGUGCUCAAUUCCGUCACCAAAACCGAUCUGCUCAAGACGAAGCUCUGGGUGGAGUUUGAGGGGGAGGUUGGAUUGGACUAUGGCGGACUGGCAAGAGAAUGGUUCUUCUUGCUGUCCAAAGAGAUGUUCAAUCCUUACUACGGACUCUUCGAAUACUCUGCCAUGGACAACUAUACGCUGCAAAUUAAUCCCUUCAGUGGACUCUGCAAUGAAGAACAUCUCAAUUACUUCAAAUUCAUUGGACGAGUGGCUGGAAUGGCUGUCUACCAUGGGAAGUUAUUGGAUGCUUUCUUUAUUCGGCCGUUCUACAAGAUGAUGCUGCAGAAACCGAUUGACCUGAAGGACAUGGAGGCUGUCGAUAUGGAAUACUACAAUUCACUGCUGUGGAUCAAGGAGAAUGAUCCCAGUGAACUUAUGCUCACUUUCUGUAUCGACGAAGAGACCUUCGGCACCACGAAUCAGCGCGAACUCAAGCCGAAUGGUGCAAACAUCGAUGUGACGAAUGAGAAUAAGGACGAGUACAUUCGGUUAGUGAUUGAGUGGCGGUUUGUGUCUCGGGUAAAAGAGCAGAUGCAUGCGUAUCAGGAGGGAUUCGGAUCCGUCGUGCCACUCAAUAGUCUCAAGAUAUUCGAUGAGAAUGAACUUGAGCUGCUGAUGUGCGGCAUUCAGAACAUCGAUGUCAAAGACUGGAAAAAGAAUACACUCUACAAAGGCGAUUACUACGCCAAUCACGUCAUUGUCCAGUGGUUCUGGAGGGCUGUUUUAUCUUUCUCAAAUGAAAUGCGAGCGAGGCUGUUGCAAUUUGUGACUGGGACAUCUCGGGUGCCGAUGAAUGGCUUCAAGGAGUUGUACGGGUCAAAUGGACCGCAGAUGUUCACGAUUGAAAAGUGGGGAAAUCCAGAGAACUUCCCAAGGGCUCACACAUGUUUCAAUCGUUUGGACUUGCCACCUUAUGAGAGUUAUCUGCAGCUCAAGGAUAAACUUAUUAAAGCCAUUGAGGGAAGUCAAGGAUUUGCUGGCGUUGACUAAAGACAUUUCAGUGCAGUUUUGUUCUGUUUCAGGAGGAAAAUUUAAAUUAAGCAUACACACGACUUUUUACACAGUUAAUAUAUAUACUUAACAAUUUAUCCAAGAUUUCUUCCCAACUUUUUCCCUUUACAAAAUAUCUGACAGUUUUUUGACCAAAAAAAAAAUAA